AUAGUUAUCACAACUAGCAUAUCGUCACUCCUAGCCGCCAAAAUGGUCCUCACUGGAAGCUGCAUGUGUGGUAAAAUCAAGUACCAGGCCGAUGCUGAGCCUGCCGUUAAAGCGGUCUGUCAUUGUCUCAACUGCCAGAAGUUCAGCGGGUCUGCAUUCACUACCAACUUUAUCAUCCCACGAUCUUCCUUUAAGAUCCUGUCUGGUACCCCGAAAUCUGGCGAGUAUAUGGCGGACUCGGGAUAUACAUACCAUACAUUUUUCUGCGGGGACUGUGGAUCCUCCCUCUACGGUCAACCUGACUCACUGCCAGAGAUGAUGUCUAUCAAGGCCGGUUCACUCGACGACGGCGCAGCAAGGUUGGAGGGCGGAAAAAUUGACGCGGAGGCAUUCGUACAAAGACGCGUGGCUUAUCUCGAGCCUCUUGAGGGUGCAAGCCAAGUCAUC